AUGUUGUUACGACGAUCUUCUAGAUUUCUUUCACUUGCACCAAAGAGAUAUCAUAUACCAUCUCUCAGAUACUGUUCUUCUAUCACCUCAACUAUUUCUACUCAAAAUGGGUUUCCACAUACACCCACCCCCACCCCUCCUCACACCAGUAUCUCUCCAACCUCAGAGCUUCCACCCCUCUCCAUAAUGCCCCUUCCUCUCCUCCUGAAAUCCUACCUCAUAACCUCAAUUCUUGCUUCCCCAAGAAUCAUCAAGUUCUUUCUUCCUCUCCUCAACAAACUCGCAAAUUCCAGCUCCACAAUCUUAAAUCCCGAUAGAAAUCCAGUGUUACAUAUGAUCGUUCGGAAAUUUAUAUACGAUCAUUUUAUCGCUGGGGAAAAUGCUACUCAAGUGAGAGCUCGGGUGAAAGAAAUGAAAGGAUUGGGAUUCAGCGGAGUAAUAUUGGGAUAUGCGAGGGAAGUCAACGUUUCUGGUGGAGAAGUGGGCGGAGAUGUAUCAGUGGUGAGCAAAGACGUAGGGGAGAGAGCCAUUAGGGAAUGGAGAGAUGGACUCAUGAGUACGCUGUCUUUACUACAACCUGGAGAUUUUCUAUCACUCAAAUUCUCCGGCGCAGGCCCCCUCGUUCUCCACGCCCUCCAAAACUCCCUCUCCCCACCACCCCUUCUCCUUCAAUCCAUGCAUCUACUCCUCCGCACCGCGGCCUCUCAAUCCGCGCGUAUCUGGCUCGAUGCAGAACAACAGGACUUACAACACACAAUCGAGUCAUGGACUAUCGGUCUCAUGCGCAUCUACAAUACCGGAUCCCAAGCAUUACUCUACACAACCAUGCAAGCGUAUUUGAAAUCCACACCUUCCAAUAUCUUGAGAUGUUUACAACUCGCACAGAAAGAGCAUUGGGUACUGGGCAUAAAAUUAGUCAGGGGUGCAUAUAUUGCUACCGAGAAACGAGAGUUGAUAUGGGGAAGUAUUGAGGAGACGCAUGAGGCGUAUAAUGGGAUUGCUGCCGGUUUGUUAAGUUUAUCGUAUCCUGGGAUGGCUGUUGAGAAAGACACUGUAUUUGGAGAGAAAGCAGGGGGAAAAGAAAAAGAAAAUGCAUAUCCACGAGCAGAAUUAUUCCUCGCCACGCACAACGAAGAGAGUAUCAGAAAAGCCUAUACACUUCAAAGCUCGCGAAUCCUAUCCGGAAAACCCACAAUCGAACUAGCGUUUGGACAGCUACAAGGGAUGGCCGAUGAGAUUAGUUGCAGCUUACUACAACUCCGUCGAAAAGAAUCCCAGGGAUCGAACCUUGCAUCACUAGUUUCCAGAAGUCUUGUGAACACAGAGGAGAAAUCCAGAUUAGCGCAGGCGUUAAAACCAAAAGCAUAUAAAUGCAUGGUGUGGGGUUCCACGCAACAGUGUCUACAAUUUCUUUUGAGGAGGGUAAAAGAAAAUGGAGAUGCGCUGGGAAGGACGGGGUAUUGGGUUGAAGGAUUCAAGAGGGAGAUAUGGAGGAGGAUGAAGAGUUCUUCUGGGAUGAAGAGGAGGAGUGUUUUGAAGAGUGCUAAUGAGGGGAUGAGUCAGAAGAGGGUUCUAUAGAGAAGGUGUGGUUCUGUAAAGGGGGAUCAGGGAGAAUGGAGUUGUUUUUUAUGUAUGGAGAAGUCUAGAGUUGGAGUUUAUGAUUUUCUAGAAUGGAGAGGAGUUGAGCUUACUUAGGGAAUAUGUUAUAUGUUAUGAAAAUCCAGAUUUUGAAAAGCUCUACAUACGACAGAGUGACCAUCACAAUCUAAUUAGUUAUGCCAGAAGUCACGUUAUGAUUCGUGCACCCCAAACCUGAA